CUUCCCUUCCUUUCUUCAGACGUCUCCAUAUUAUUGCCGAAACCCGUCUCUUUCCUCCCCCGUCGCUCGCCUCCCGCAGAUCAAAGCCCUAGCGAACCCCUCCCCCCUCGCGGUCGGCUGACCAGCCAUGGCUUCCUCCGCCCUCGGAGCUCAGGUGGCCGCGGCCUCGGUCCCGAUCGGCUUGGAUGGUUUGUUCAAGGGUUCUUCGCUCAAGGGUAACAGUAAUCUAAACUUCCGUAACAAACCAUGGAUUGGAAAGACAUUAACUUGGGAGAACGAGACCCAGCAAUCACGGCAUUUGAACAAGGUCUUCUGCAUGUCCGUUCAACAAGCAAGCAAAAGCAAAGUUGUUGUUCAACCUGUUGACUUGGAGAAUGCAAAGGAGCCACCACUCAACUUAUACAAACCAAAGGAACCUUAUACAGCCACAAUUGUCUCAGUUGAGAGGCUUGUAGGCCCUAAAGCUCCUGGUGAAACAUGCCACAUUGUCAUUGAUCAUGGUGGCAACGUUCCAUACUGGGAAGGACAAAGUUAUGGUGUCAUUCCUCCAGGAGAGAAUCCGAAGAAACCUGGAUCCCCAAAUACUGUUAGACUCUAUUCUAUUGCCUCUACUAGGUACGGUGAUUCUUUUGAUGGAAGGACAGCGAGCUUGUGUGUUCGCCGUGCUGUUUAUUAUGAUCCUGAAACUGGAAAGGAAGAGCCCUCAAAGAAAGGUAUCUGCAGUAACUUCCUGUGUGACUCAAAACCAGGGGACAAAGUUCAGAUCACAGGUCCCUCAGGCAAAAUUAUGCUUCUUCCUGAGGAUGAUUCAAAUGCAACUCAUAUCAUGAUUGCUACCGGCACAGGCAUUGCUCCUUACCGUGGCUACCUACGUCGUAUGUUCAUGGAAGAUGUCCCAACUUUCAAAUUCGGUGGUCUGGCUUGGCUCUUCCUUGGUGUUGCUAACUCUGACAGCCUUCUCUACGAUGAAGAGUUCACAAACUACCUUCAGCAGUAUCCAGACAAUUUCAGGUAUGACAAAGCACUAAGCAGGGAACAGAAGAACAAGAAUGGUGGCAAGAUGUACGUGCAGGACAAGAUUGAGGAGUACAGCGAUGAAAUCUUUAAGCUCUUGGAUGGCGGUGCGCACAUUUACUUUUGUGGUCUGAAGGGGAUGAUGCCGGGGAUCCAGGACACACUCAAGAGGGUGGCUGAGCAAAGAGGUGAGAGUUGGGACCAGAAGUUGUCACAGCUAAAAAAGAAUAAGCAAUGGCACGUGGAGGUUUACUAGGCUAUGAAAUGCCGAUGAUUGUUAUUGUUUCGCGACGAGAUAAAAAACUGGACAGAUAAUUGGAUGAUUCUCGUUGCGAUGUAUAAUUGUGGACUUUAUUCAUAAGCUUCUGCUUCAAAUGGUGGUGAAUAAAACAAAACACAUGUUUUUGAA